AGGUCGAUUAGCAGGGCUGCGGGCCUGAAGCCAGCUCUGUGCUCUUUUGAUCUAGUCUGCUUAGCACCGGCUGCGUGUUGUUAGCUCCACGUUAGCCCACUUAAUCUCGCACUAGUUUAGUUAUUAACCUCCUAAACCCGGACUAGUUUAGUUAGUGAACCAGUCAGUGAUGGCGGGAGACUCGGUGAAGCUGUCCAAGAACCUGCUGCGGAUGAAAUUCAUGCAGAGAGGUUUGGACGCUGAGACCAAGAAGCAGCUGGAGGAGGACGAGAAGAGGAUCAUCAGUGAUGAACACUGGUUCCUGGACCUGCCGGAGCUCCGAGCCAGAGAGAACCUGAUCAUUGAGGAGAAGAGUUUUGUUCCCUGUGAGGAUCUGAGGUUUGGUCGCAUUUCCUUCAAAGGUUUUAAUCCAGAAGUCGAGAAACUGAUGCUGCUGCUGAACCCUAAAGAGGAAGAGGAGGAAGGAGACGAAGACGACCAGAGACGGAUGCAGACGGACGUCACGGACGAGGAGAUGGCUUUAAGAUACGAGAGUUUAGUCGGCAGCUUGAAGAAGAAGUUUGCUAAGAAGCGAGAACGAGCAGCGAUGGAUGAAGACCAGAACCAGAACAUCAUGGAGGAGAAGAAGAGAGUUUUCCUCAAACCUCAGGACUGAACUUUUACCGUUUAUGGAAAAAGACUUUUUUAGUUUUUGACGUCUUUGUUUGGAGGAACUGUUGAUGUUUUCAACAAAAUGUUUUUACACGAUCUAUUAAAUGUCUGCUCAGUUCUGACAUCA